AUGACUAUAACUGGCUGGUUUUCUAUUUUAGCUAUCGCAAUCUUGUUUUUGGUUAGUAAAUGAUCCCUCUUCAAUUUUUGAAAAAAUAGUUCUCUUUCAGCUCAGUUCAAUUGGUUUUGCUUUGAAUUUGUAUAUUUUUUGUAAAUUUUUAAAACAACCUCGACCUCUCAGCGCUUUCAAAAAAUUUUGUAUAAUCAAAGCAAUUCCAAAUAUGAUUGUUUGUGCUGCUUUUCUUUUUUGGGCUGUUCCACUUUCAAUUGCAAAUUUAGACUAUGAAGAUAUCCCAUUACUAAUUAACAUUAUAGUUGGUCAAUUUUCUGGUGUUGGUGCUUAUAUAUUAGGACCAAUUCUUCAAUUAUACAUGGCUUUUAAUCGAUUUUAUGCAUUAUAUUUUCCAAUGAGAAGUAUGAAAACAAGUCGGAUUAAUUUGGCAAAUAUCGCAAUCAUUAUUGCGAUUUUUGCAUCGUUGAUGUAUACAUUUUCCGGAUUUUUACCAAGUAAUUUCCAAAAAUUUUAAAUCGAAAAACAGAGGGUCGAAACUAAUUUUUGUAGAUGCUUGCGGUUUCAUAUUCGAUCCCGCUAUUUAUUCCUGGAAUUCUGAAACUAAUGGAUGCAGUCGAACUGUUGUUGAUGUAUUUUCCUGGUCUAUAUAUUUUCUAGCUUUUGCCUCAAAUAGCUUUAAUUUCAUAACACUAUGUAAACUAAUUUUCGAGAAAGUUGGCGGAAUGAGUACAACUGAUAAUUCGAGUAGAAGGAAAAGAAGUAUUAGAAUGUUUACGCAAGUAUGUGGAGUUAUAGGGAAUUCAAAAAUGUGUUCAUGGAAUUUGAUUUGACUGAACCACAAAAAAUGUUUUUUGAUUUUUCGAAAAAAUUAAAAAGCCACAGAUAAUGUUUGAAAACUGUUCCAGUUUUCUUCUGAAAAUAUUUGGAUGUUUUAAUUGAAGUUCUUUAAAAAUCAGUCUAAACUUCCCCGUCUUAUACCUUCUUCAUUCCAGAGCUCUCUUCAAGAUUGUUUACAUCUUGCUGAUAUGAUAAAUGCAACAAUAGUUUAUAAAUUUUAUAGUGUCUUAUGGUGGGAAUUUAUAUUUCUAUCAGUUUCCUAUUUGCUUAUUCACGUUCUUGAUGGAGCUGUUAUGCUAUAUUUUCAUCAAGAAAUUCAUCCAAUGUUUAUCAAAUCAUCUCGAACAAAACAUUCCACUCAAUCAAUUCCCUCAAUGUUUAUUUCAGUAGCAUAA